CACCUGGAGGUGUGAAGUGUGUCCUGCCAGCACAUUUAUGGCAUAAAAGAACACUCAAAAGGUCAAUUUUCUGUUGAAAAGAACUGGCCGGCCAUGUAGCAAAUGUCCAACCAAAAUUCUCCAUAUCGAUCAAAACAAAAAACUAGUGAACUAAAGACAUCCACAUGUGACCGUUUCUUGGUUUCUGAAAGAAAAUAUUAUCUUACUUGGACACCUAAUUUGACUUAUAUUCAGUUCGUUUAAGACGGAAAUCCAUUCAAAAGAGAUAAUGUCUUGAGUGUUGUUCAUACCAUCAUUUAUCAGUUCCCCUUGAAGAUAGUCACCCACUCACCGACUUGUUAUCAUAGUCUCCAUCUGCUAAAAAAUGGUAGAUUUCAUUUACCAGUACUUCGCGUUGGCAAGUAUUGGGGGCUUGUUAGCUUGCAUAUCCUUCUUCUACUUUCUAUGGAUCUCAGUUAUAAGGCCAAGAUAUAUGAAAACCAGACAUCAUGAUUCCAACGAUAUGAAACUAACCCCGAUACCACCACCUGAAGUUGGAGGCGCGUGGCCAAUAAUAGGUCAUCUUCCUCAACUGGCAGGAUCUACACCUCUGUUCAAAAUCCUUGGCGACAUGGCUGACAAGUAUGGAAGUAUUUUCAUGGUCUGGUUCGGUAUGUACCCAACGCUAGUUGUGAGUAGUUGGGAGAUGUCUAAAGAAUGCUUCACCAUCAACGACAAGUUCCUUGCUAGUCGCCCACCUACUGCUUCUGGCAAGUACCUUGGUUAUGACUUUGCCAUGCUUGGUUUCGCCUUUUAUGGUCCUUACUGGCGUGAGUUGCGUAAGAUCUCUACUCUCCAAUUACUCUCCCAUAAGCGUCUCGAGUUGCUCAAGCAUGUCACGAAUUCAGAGAUCGAAAACUGUAUAAAAAAAUUAUACCAAGGUUGGAAUAAAAACCAGAACCAAAACCAAAUCAAACAGGAAGGUGCAACUUCUGGAUCCUUUAAAGUCGACAUGACUCGGGUGUUUGGAGAUCUAACCUUGAAUACAGUGUUAAAGUUGGUUGUAGGAAAGGCUCUCUACACUGAGGAUGACAAUGAAAAAGAGAGAGAAGAGAGUCAAAAACUGCAUGAGACCAUCUCAGAAUUCUUCAGACUAGCAGGAGUUACCGUUGCAUCUGAUGCUCUUCCGUUCCUUGGGAGGCUGGAUGUGGAUGGACAAAAGAAACAGAUGAAGAGGAUAGCCAAGGAGAUGGACUUGAUUGCUGAAAAAUGGCUUGAAGAGCAUCGAGAAAGAAAGAGACCGCGGACACUAUUACACGCAGCAGCAGACAGCAGUAAUGAUGAGAACGACUUCAUGGAUGUGUUGAUAUCAGUUCUUGAUGAAGCGAAGGAUAAUCUCUUCUAUGAUUACAGUCGGGACACUGUCAUUAAAGCCACCUAUCUGGCACUUACCUUAGCUGCCUCAGACACAACAUCAGUGUCAAUGACAUGGGCUCUCUCACUACUACUCACCAAUCCUAGUGUCUUACAGAAGGCCCAGGAAGAACUUGACACCGUAGUCGGCAAGGAUCGAAACAUACAGGACCAUGACAUCAAUGACUUGGUCUACCUCCAAGCAAUUAUCAAGGAAACACUGCGGCUGUACCCUGCAGGCCCACUUUCUGUACCCCACGAGGCUAUUGAAGACUGCAAUAUAGGUGGGUAUAAAGUGAAAGCAGGCACACGCUUGUUGGUUAACCUGUGGAAACUGCAUCGUGAUCCACGAGUGUGGUCAAACCCGUUGGAGUUUAAGCCAGAGAGGUUUCUUUCAGAGCUCGAUGGUGGUACUGGUGGUGAAGCAGCAAAUCUGGACUUUAAGGGUCAAAAUUUUGAGUACACACCGUUCGGAUCAGGACGAAGGAUGUGCCCAGGGCUCAAUUUAGCCAUCCAGACACUUCAUAUGUCACUAGCUUGCCUACUUCAUGCAUUCGACUUCGACAUAUCAACUGGACUGGUAAUAGACAUGGCUGAAGGUUCGGGUUUAACCAUGCCCAAAGUAACCCCACUAGAAGUUCACCUUUACCCACGUCUUCCCAGCACACUUUACUAGAUUUACCAAAGAUGGAAGCUAUAACCAGAAGUGAUUUCCCAAUGUCUUACCGACUGACAGUAACUUCCUACAAUUGUCUUUAAGAAUGUUUUCUGCGUUUCGUUGUUUGUGAUGGCUCUUUAUUUGCUACAUAAACUUCAUGGACCUGGUAUUUCCGAUAACUUAAUGGCAUUAUUAUCUUAAUAUGGUUAAACAUCA